UUGACAGACUAAUGUCUAUGACUCGUAUUCAGCCUUAUAAGUUUGCUCUCAGUAAUAUGGAUUUAACUCUCCAAGAGCAUUUACAUUAGUCCUCCUGCUUGAAGAGAGAGAAUUAAUAGUGAUAUAGACAACCAGUUCUCCCCCAAAUCAUCUAUUUUGACAAAGAAAGGACCUAAAAAGUCCGAUUAUAUUCAAAAAGAAAAUGCCUAAAGUUCAUGGCACCAUGAAUUGAAUCAGGAAUUGAGGGAGAAAAAGAAAACUUCCUGAACGAAAUCCUGAAGAAUUCAUUGUAGCAAAUGACAAGCUAAAGUCUAAAAAUAGAGAUGUUCAUAUCAAAAAGGCUACAAUUGGAGCGAAAUAAGUCCAUAGAGAGCUACAAAAAGAUGCUCUCAGCUAGUAAGCCUUACUCUGUUUUCAAUUCGAGAAGGAUAGCAAAGUGCAAUCUUGGCAGCAAGUGUUUUUGGGCAUAAUCUUAUAGCCUUGAAAGGGUGCUUAAACAACUUUCCAGCUUUUCGAAGCGAGAAAGAUGUCAGAGUGAGAAUUUAGGGUAAUAUCUAGACUAUGAAGUCAUACCAUUCCUCUCUGGGACACAAAACAACGAGCAAAUAAACAUACUAGGCAAAUGAAUAAAGAUAUAUGGGAUGAAUUAAAGCUUAAUAGUGGUGCUAAACAGAGAAAAUAUUACAUAAAUACUUCACCUGAUAAAGAUCCAAAAUGUUACACAAGAGAGCUUCAAGCCCCUCACAGUACCUCUAUUUAUAAACAGAAGGCAGAAAAUAUUGGAACAUGAGGCGAAAAUUUCAUAAAAAAUGAGCCUCAUUCUGUUUCGAGGGUCGAAAAUAUCCCAAAGUUGAAAUAUUUCACUCAAAGAAGUAGUCCGACCAGGUCAAAGCUAAAGUUACAAAAUUGGUGAGACUAUAUCUGUAGAGAUAGUACUCUUUCACAUCUACAAGAUUUGAAAUAAGCACUUUAAAAAGAAGCUUCACCCAAGAACAAAAUUAUUCGAAAUUAAAGCUCCAGUUUUCUCGUCAAUUGAGAAGGAUAAGUUGACCCCGAUGAGGCUACAGACCAGGAACAUUUAUGCCUUUAACAAUAUGUAUACUGAGAACGUGUUGAAUAGGCAAGUCUCCCUUCAUGAUCCUUCUAGAAAUACCCAAAAUAAGAUAAAUAUCAAAUAA